GUUGUGCCCAACUGAAAAAUGCUGAAAAACAUUUGGUUAAAUAAUUUCGUUGUGUUUGACAAAGAAGAAAGCUUUGAUUUUCAAUCUCAGCAUGGUCCAUAUAUAUUCAUUGGUGAGAACGGCUCUGGAAAGAGUGCAGUAUUUGAAGGAAUUCGUCGCUGUCUUAAGGCGGAUUUAAACACAUCUGUUUCGCGACCCUUCAAUCCAAACGAAGUGUCAUAUUUUAUGUGUAUUUUUCAAAUUGACGAAAAAAAGGAUAUGAUAAGCGGAACUUUGUGCAUUCCUACAAAUAAAGCUGUACAGAAAGUAGAUCCAUGUGGAACCAAGUACAAACCAUUAGAAACGAAUUCGCUGGAUUAUUACCAAUUUGCAAUUGAGCACGAAGAAAAGAAAGUCAUUCGUGUUUAUGUUGAUUUUCUAAAAUUACCAACAACAAAUGAAAGUAAGGCAGGCAUUCAGACACAUCAGGUAACACUCAACGAUUCCGAAGGAAAAGUAUUAAAGGAUUUGUCUGCCAGCAACGUUGUGUCGCUUCUCAUGCACAUUCUAAACUACGAAAAUAUUUCAAUAGAGCGCGACCACAAAAGCUCAACACAUUGUCAGAUGUUGCUUAUGGAAUUUUCAACUAAGCUUGUGUUUACCUUUCCAUUAAGAUCGAUUGGGCCAUUGCAGUGGUCCGAAAGUCAUAGAAUCAAAGGUGAAGAACGGGCCAAAAAUUACAAAAAGGCGGAAAAAAGGUGUGAAAUAAUAAAAACAUUCCUAACAGAUGAAAACAAUGCCAAAUUUGAUAAAGAAAAGGAAAAGCGAAUAUUUCAAAUGAUAACAAGCAUGUCAGACGAAUACAAGUAUAACUUUACAUUGGAUGAGGGCCAAGAUGGGAUUUUAGUGAACCAAGACAACUUCACGCUUCUUAAAACACCGGAAGGGAUUUUGGAAGCCAAAUACGUAUCAAUUCUUCUAUCAGGAAAGUGCUACAAAACAAUUUUGCUUGAAGAACCCGACAGAGGCAUGCACCCUCAGUUUGUUAAACGCAUGACGCAAGCAAUUAAGCAAGAGGUAGAGACUAAGGGGACGAUGGUAUUACUCACCACUCACAAUACGGCAUUCUUAACACCGUCGACCCUGUCCAAUUGCUAUCAAUUCAGCAGAGUAAGUAAUGCCUGUACUGUAAUUGCCGUAAGAAAGAUAGGCAUACGGAAAUGGAAGUAG